ACGGACCAGUGCAAAAACGCAGCCCUGGGACUGGUGGAACUGCUCGGCUCCCAGAAAAAGGGCGGGGGCGGCUGCUGGGGAGGGCGGGAAGGACCCCCCACCCCCUCGCUCUCUCUUUCCCUCCCACGCUACGUCUGGAGGAGGGAGCAGCUCCAGGGAGAGCAGCGGGACUGUGCCGGCCCCGCUGCCUACGGAAGAGGGGACAUCUCUGUGGAAGAGGGAACAUCUCUGUGGAUGAGGAGACAUCUCUGUGCAAGAAGGGACAUCUCCGUAGAAGAGGAGACAAAAAGCUCUGGAGCAAGCAGCCAUCUUGGCUGUAAACUUUUAGCCAUCCUCCCCCUGAGGGAGGCCUGCCCUGGCUUCCUCUUCCUGCCUAGGGCAGCCCUUAUAACCCUUCUCUUGCUGGUGCUAGCACAGAGGAACAUUCCUUGGUCCUACCACAAGCCCCUGCUGGUACCAUGAUGGUGGGAGGUGAAGGCCGGCGGGGUGACACCCCGGUUCUUUCCUGGUUUUUCAGAGCGGUGGCCCGACUGAGGAGCAGGAAGAAGAAGCAGAAGGGAGGUCUUCUCACCUCGCAAGCCAGGAUGCUUAUCCAGGAGAAUGGUUGCAAGCCCUGGGUGGAAGAUGCUGUCCCCCGAGAGGAAUUUGCUGGAAUCUGCCAGACCCAGCACCCUGGUAAAAGUAGGGGGCAGUUGCUGUGGCACAUGGCACAGCUGAAAAAUGGCAGCAAGAAGCUCCAGGCUUUUCAAAGAACUGAGGAGAGGCAAUGUCCUGAGAUGCCAGCACAGACUGCUGAGAGAUGCACCAAGCCAAAGAGAAAAGCACCAGCACCACCAGAGCUGCCAAGGACCUGCCAAAAAGCCACCCGAGGUGGAGAAGCCCAGCAGGAAGAGCAGGUGGCCUUGGUGACAGCGUUCAACAUCCUCAACAUGGACCCAUGUGUCAAGGAAGAUGGUCAGAAAGAGCUGAUUGUCAGGCAUGAUGACCAGAAUGGGGAGGUGCUGAGGGAAAGUGGUGGCCACAGGGAUGAAAUGAGUCAAACUCAUCUUCUGGAUGAGGAGGGAAGGACCACAGGCUCACCCCAGAGCCCUGGGUUGUGGGUGGAGGACAAGGAUGCUGCCAUCACCCCUCGAGGGAACGGGCAGGACUUUAACUCUCCAGAGGGGACAUCUGGGGAGGAGCAGAGAAGGCAAGUGUGGGAGAAGCUUCAUUACCUGGGAGAGGACAUGGCAAGGUGGGGAGAGAGGUCCACAAAGGACCUGGCAGUCAGGCUGAUGGAGGUGAUCCUGCUGACUGAAACCCAAAUGUACCCUACAGAGACAGGGAACAAGAGCAACUGCCUGAAGCAGGGGGAGGGGGGAGCAAGAUCCAAAGUGGGCAGCUUAGAGGUGGUGGAUGCUUUGGUGGAUACCCAUGUAGAUGUCACCAAGAUGCAGUACCUUGCUGUGGUCCACAAUGUCCCUGUCUCCAUUGGUGGGACCAUGUAUGGGGAUGAUCAGCAACUCCCCACCCUAGCAGAGCUAUUUGAGAAUGAGCAGAUCUGGGACGACCCUGAUAACCACCUCCUUGAUUUUUAUGACUUUCACUAUGAUGAUAAUGACCUCCUGGAUGAUGAUGAUCUCCUGGAUGAUGAUGAUGAUCUCCUGGAUGAUGAUGAUGACCUCCUGGAGCAGGGAAGUCCACCAGCUCUUCCUAUGCCUACAGUGCACAUCUAUUGUGCCAGGGUGGCCAGGGAUGAAGAGUGGUGGAAGAAGGAAUUCCCAGGCGUGUGGGCGCAAUCCGAGAUGGACUGCGGGUUGGUGUCCGGGGAGGUGAAGGUGACAGGGAUUACCAUGGCCUUCCAAAGGCAACCCCCACUUUCAGAAGAUGUGGAAGAGGCAGUGGAGAGUGUCCUGCAGGACCUGCUGAAGGAAGGCGUGGUGGUGAAAGGUUCCUCUGCCUGCAACAGCCCUUUAAAACUCAUCCAAAAGUGCAAUGGGAAGAUCCGCCUGGGGCUGAAUUGCAAAGCUCUCAACAAGGCCACCGACAAGCAGGUGUCUCUGGACAGGACCAAGCUCAUCACAACCCUCAGUCCUGAGAGCAGGUACUUCUCAGUGGUGGAUCUAUCCAAUGCCUCCUUCGCCAUUCCUUUGGAGGCAAGCUCCAGAGCCAAUUUUGCCUUCACCUUCAGGGAGCAGCAGUACCUCUUCACUCGCCUGCCCGUGGGCUUCCAGAGCACCACCUCCAUCCUGCACCAGCGGGUGGAUCAGAUGUUGUCUCAGCUGGCCCCAGAAGACAAAGCUUGGGUUAUCUCCUAUCAGGAUGACAUCCUCAUUGCUGGGAGAUACGAAUUGGAAACCAGAGGCCGGACGAUCAGCGUCCUGGAGCUGAUCCAAAAAACAGGCUUUAAAGCCAAGUUUGAGAAGGCACAGCUUGUCUGUCCCGAGGUGGACUACCUGGGGAUGACCAUUGGGCCUCAGGGGCGAAAGAUCCAGGCUAGCAAGCUGGAGGCCAUCCUCAAGGCCUCUCCACAGAAUGCCAAAGGUCUCCGCUCCCUGCUCGGGAAGUUCUUGCAAGAUCACAUCCCUGGUUACUGGGAGCUGGCCCGGCCACUCCAUCUCCUUGCCACGGAGAAAAUCAGAUGGAGAUGGGGACCGAAGCAGGAACAGAUGCUGAAACGCCUGAAAGAUGCUCUACAGGCUGCUCCCCCCCUGCGAUUUCCAAAUAAAUCCCAGCCCUUCGUGAUCAGGUUAAUGAUCAGCAAACGGGUGAUAGGAGCCACCUUGCUGCAGGAGGACCAUCGCAGACACCUGGUUCCAGUGGGACACACCUCCUGCAUGCUGAAGAACCACCAGAUCUCCUACCUGGCGCAGGAGAAGGAGUGCUUGGCGGCCAUCUGGGCCAUGAAGAAGUUUGAGAACCUCAUGGAGAUGGCCCCCAUUCUGAUAGAGAUACCCCAUUCCCCUUGGAAGUAUCUCCUAAGGGGCAAACUGUUGCUGUUGAACCAGCACCCAGGGCAGUGGAGUCUGCUACUGGUUAACAGAGGGGUGAUGGCCAGGGGACCUCAGCCUGCACUGGGACAAUUUCCCGACUCCCCGAUCUGUGAUGCUCCCCCCCUCCAGCAACUGUCCAACCAUGUCCCCAAGGCCAACAUCUGGUUCACGGGUAGCGAGAAGAUCCAUUCCAUUGCCUGCUACGCUGCCGUCAACUUAGAAGAACGCUGGCUCCUCGGGGUGGCCAAUGUUCGCUAUGUGCCAGAUGCUGAGGUGGUGGCCCUCCAGCACCUCCUGGACCGCCACCACUGCUCCUCACCUCUCUACUUCUACACCAGCCGCUGGUCCUUGGUGGAGAGGUUCCAAAGUGACAUUGACGAGGGGCAAUGGGAAGAGUGUGGAAGCUCCGGUCAGGAUCUGUGGCCAAGCAUCCUGCAGUGGGUCCACAAGAACCCUGGGAUCCUGCACAUCAGGUUUGUAGGAGGAAGCCAGGACCCGGAGGAGAGGAGAUGGAACCAGGAAGCCCACAGAAGGGCUGAGGUCCUAUCUGACAACAUGAUCUUGAGGAGCGAGUACUGUUGGGAGCCUUCCAAGCAUGAGAAGCAAGAAAUUGUGGCCCAGUGUCACAGCUGGUGGCACGAGGGGGUGGAGGAGACCUUUAGAAGAGUGUCGCAGGUUGCACUAUGGGAAGGUAGCUACAAGCAGGUGGCUCGUUGGGUGCAGAGUUGCCUGAAGUGCAGGGAGGGAGAGGGCAAGGUGCCACCACAGCGGGUGGAGGGACCAUGGUCACUGCUCCAGUUAGAAUGCAUCAACAACCUUCCCAAGACCCCAGAGGGACACUGCUCCCUCUUGGUGGUGGGGGAUGAGUUUUCAGGAUGGGUGGAAGCCUUCCUCAUGCGGGAGAGCACGGUGACAGAGGCGGCCAAGGUGCUCCAGGAGUUUUUUGCCCAAUACGGGGCACCUCGUGCAGUCCGUUUGCUGCGUGGGUCCGGUUUCCUCCAGGAUACCAUGGAGCAGGUGAGAGUCACAACUGAUGUGGAAGUCCUGCAGGACAUCCUGCAGCCUGGUCAGGCAGGAUCUGUCACGGCAUCCCUGACACGGUUGGUCCAAGGGGCUGGCAUGCAGUGGGCAAAGAUGCUCCCUCUGCUUCUGGGGUGGCUCCGAUCCGUACGGGUGCAGCCGGCGGCGCUCAGCUCUUUGCAGAUGAUCCCUGGCAUCCCGUUGGAGAUGUGGGAACACAAUGAUAAGCACCCCCCCCAGGGCAACAUUCUCCACUGGCUCAGCGAGCUGCAGGAGGAUGAGACCGGCUACAAGCAUCAGAUCAAAGCAGCUUCUUCCUGAGGGACUGCUCAGAUUGGGAUGCUCUGUAGCCCCCACGCUCCCCCACAUCCUCCUGGUGUGGGGGGAAUGGGUGUACUGGGCUUACUGGGGGGGCUUUUGGGCAGGACUGGGGAGUCUUUAGGACUGAAGGAUCUUUUAGGCAAGAUUAGAGAGCUUUUAGGCAGGACUGAAGGGUGGGUUAGGACUGGGGGGCUUUUAGGCAGGACUAUGGGGGCUUUUAGGCAGGAUUGGGAAGUUUAGGACUGGGGGGCUUUUAAGCAGGAUUGGAGUGAUAUUAGGCAAGAUUUGUGAGCUUUUAGGGAAGACUAAGCAGUGCACAAGCUCUUCUUGCUAUGAUGUUCAAGGAUGGGGAGGGAAGAUGGGCAUACUGGUUUUGACUGGGAUGGAGCUGGUUUUCUUCAUAGCCAUCCAGCAUGGCACCGGGCUCCAGCUGUGGCCCCAGCAGUACCAAGAGCACUGGGAGGGUAUUUCCAUCCCCAGUCCUGUUGGGCUUGGGGGCAGCUGAGCCAGCUCAGGACCUUGGGAGAUAGUGAGCAGUGGCCUUGGCACAAUUUGCUAUCAUUUCUGUGGUUUCCUCUUUUUCCAUUUGUCUUUCAUUUAUUAAAUGUUUGUGGUUUUUUUUAUCUUGA